GCGCGUGUGAGCGUGGAGCGUGUGGCAGCAGGUCGAGGCAUUGCGAACAUUUAUGAGUUCUUGGCGUGGAAGUAUCCGGAGAAGGUAAACAAGGCUGUGCACCGCAGCUUCAUCGGGCCAAUUGAAGGGCCCAGGACGUUUGAUCCGGCUGCGAUCACCAAAGCUGCUACGAGUGGCAUCUGCCAGUUGAGCAAGCAGGCCGUGGAUAUCUGGGCUGGGGCCUACGGAAGCGAGGCCGGCGUGGUCGCCCUGACCUAUAUGCCUUUUGGUGGACUCUACCUCACCGGCGGGGUCACGUCCAAGAUGAAGGACUGGCUCAGUGGAAAGACCACAGGGCACAGCACGUUUCUGGAGGCCUUCCUGGACAAGGGCCGCGUCACGCCGAUGCUGAUGCGAGUGCCCGUUUACGUGGUCACCGGAGAGGACAUGGGCGAACGAGGCGCGAUGCUGAAAGCUACGAGGAUCUACCUGGAGCAGACGAAGAACAGGCGUAUGUCCCAAGCGUCAAAGUGCAAAGCCGCCCCGGAGUUCAUUGUGAAGCCGAACCCGAUCUCUGUGAUCGCCCCAGGAGGGGGGCAAACGGAGCUCACAGAGAUACAGGAGGCGGAGGAUCUCCAAGCAGAAGACUAG